AUGUUGUCGAUACUGGCAGAGGAUCUCCACACCUUCAUUGCUCGCGUCAACUUUACCGUUACCUCAUACCUCGCCGUGUCUGCCAUAGCUCCAUCUAUCGCUGGAGAUGCUGCCGACACGUUUGGGAGACGGCCAGUCUACCUGGUCACCCUUUUGUCAUGUCUCUCAACAACCUUGAUUGGAAUUUACCAUCUGAACGAGCUCGAAGCUGGAUUGAUCUACCUUCCCUACGUUGCUAGGUGUCUCAUAUCAACCCUUGUGUCAGGAAAGUUGAUCGACCGAGACUACUGGAUGGUAGCCAGGAAAUACGGUCUACCUAUCGACAAAGUGGGCGGGGAUGACAUGUCCCGAUCCUCCAUCGAAGAAGCCAGGUUGCGGAGUAUAUUCGCGCCAACCUUUCUGGCAAUAGUUUCGAUGAUUGGAUAUGGAUGGGCAUUCACUAUUUUCGGAGGUUCAGCAUUCAUAUUAGCCUUUCUGUACUUUUUCCAAAUGAAGUAUGGAGUGAGGUGGAGAGUGAAUAAGCGAGCAGGGGAUUUUGGGCACGUUCAGUCUAAAAUCUGGAGGUGCGGCCAGCAGCAGCUGUAG